AUGGGACAGGUGAAGAUACUAAAGCGCGGGGAGAAGUUGAGUUCGGUGGGAGUCGCCGGCGGUGAACCGGUAGACCGCCGUUGCCCUCCAACGGCGGGUGUCGAAGAGAAGGAUUUGGUGUUGUCCUCGACGGAGCGGUUGGGACCGGAGCCGGAUACUGUUCAGAAGCAAAUUAGGGUUUCGGAGUUUAACCUCGUUGAGGGAAUUUUCUCUGGAAGUGCAGCCGUCUCCUCUCCACCUCCGAGCUCGCUCCCGUUCCCGGCCUUCUUCGCAAAGAAGGAGAAGAAGAACGACAUCGCAACAAGCGAUUUACGGCGGUUGCUCCGCCUCGAUGUGGUUUGA